AUGGCCCCAACAACCCGAGGACAGACCAAAAAGACCACAAGCAGAAACGAGAACCACGUCAUUUCCGACCAGGCACUUCGCAAUGGCCCGCGUCGAGGAACACGACGCUCGAAACCCACGGAACGCUACAUCGACUAUCAGAACAGCCUGAAAGGUCAUCGCAGGUCAAAACAAGGUUCGGACACCGCUGAGGCCGUUGACAAGUUCAUGAUCCAACUAUAUGCCGAGAUAGUUGGUGCUGCUGUUUCCCCCGGCGGCCCCCUGGAGCGUACUGAGAUUCAAGACUUGAUCCGGCAAGCAAGAACCUUGCGAUUCUUUGACCUCUACCCCAAAGACAUUGCUGAUGAACUCAAAGGAACCCUAAAGAAGUCCAGCCUUCCCGCAAGCGAGACAAGGAGGCGGUUCAUCGUGCAAUCGACGAUCUUCAGCUUUCGGGCGGCCAUCCAAAGGGACAAUGCCGACAGCAAAACCGAAGGACUGCCGAAAUGGGGCGACGUGCUCCUCAAGAUCAAAAAGUUCUCAUCCAGCUUAGAGUUGGUGGCCAAGACAAGGAAGCUAGACUGGGGGAGGGCGUCGAGGGCGUCUGAAGCCGACUACGACCGCCUCAUCAAAUGCUGUUUCAAAGGCAACCAGCACGUUCGCAACAACAUCGAUCUGCACAACUUUGGCAUUGGCGCAAGUGACUUGGACCAGCUUCACCAUCCCACCGACCUCGUCCCUCACCAUUGGGUGCUCCCCAAGAGGAAAGAGCCCGCCAGACGAUGUCAAUUUGAAUACCAAUACAACUCCGACCUCGACAAGGAGGACUUUUACGGGCGGAGGGUCCCCGGCCGCCUCAAUGGAGGAGGGCGGCCGACGACUGGCGACCGUCAACUGGCGUGGCAGGUCGACAUGGCCGAGUCGAGAGUGCUGGACACUUACGACUGGCCAAAGCUGUCGGAUGAAGCGAACGGAGACCCGCGCUUCAAUGCGCAGGGCAGAUGUUACUCCUGCGACAAGACGGCGAAUUGCUCCUGCACAAUGUCGGACUAUUACGAAAGGCACAACGGCCAACCUGACGCGUUGGUCGAACUGUUCGACACCGAGAAGCUGGGCACCGGUGUCCGUGCCCUGCAGGCGUUGAGGAAGGGUGCAAUGCUGGGCGAGUACAUCGGAGAGAUAUACCCAUUGCGAGACGUGUCCCGGUACAGGACAGAGAUGUAUGUGUUUGGGAUGGAGGUGGGCCAGAGGCGUCAAACGAAGAGGAGGAAAGGCGCCGGGCAGAACGGCGACGCCGGAGGAGGUCCUGUCAAUCUGAUCGUUGAUCCGGCAAUCUAUGGCAACUGGACACGAUACAUCAACCACAGCUGCGAGCCAAACGCCGCGUACACAUUUGCCACGAUCGGCCAACGGCAGGUAAUCCUGAUUCAAGCGCUAAGGGACAUCAACUUUGGGGAGGAGGUGACGUCGGACUACGGGGAGGGAUACUUCACAAACAUGAACCUCAAGUGCGUAUGCGGCGCAGAGAAAUGUCGGUCCAAGAGGUAA